GGGUGGUGGCUCCCGCGCAGGCGCAGACUGGCCGGCCCGCUGAGGCGGGGCCGCGGCGGGAGCCGCCCCGCCGGUGAAGGUGGGCUGACCGGACGGGACUGGGCCCCACAGCAGCGGUGAGGACCCUUCUCUGCUCCCAGGCGAGCCCUGCUGAGAGAGAGCUUCGUUCUGGAGACCCCUCGGGGAGCAGCUGUGAGCCCGUCACACGGAGGGAUGACCUCUCUAGGCGGGGACGCCGCGUGAGCGAAAGAGGCCUGUCAGUAUGCAAACAGUACGGCACUCUGAACACACCCUGAAGACGGCCCUCAUCUCAAAGAACCCAGAGCUUGUGAAGCAGUAUGAGCAGUUGGACCCCGGGGAGCAGCGCUUGCUGAAUGAGGCCUUCAGGCCAGACAGCGAUCUCUUUGGACCCAUUACUUUGCAUUCACCGUCAGACUGGAUCAUCUCCCAUCCUGAGGCUCCCCAAGACUUUGAAGAGUUUUUCAGUGAUCUUCACAGAAAGAGCCCUUCUCCAGGGAAGCAGACGAUUUACAUACAGUGCAUUGGAUUGCUGGGAAACACCAGAAGUAUCAGUGAGGAAUAUUUGAAAUGGCUCAAGGGCUACUGUGAAGCCUUCUUCUACGGGUUGACAGUCAAACUCCUAGAGCCGAUUCCUGUCUCUGCAACCAGAUGUUCCUUUAGAAUCAAUGAUAGCACACGGAACCUUCAGAUUCAUGCAGGGCAGAUCCUGACGUUCUUAAAAAAGAAGAAACCCGAAGAUGCCUUUUGUGUUGUGGGAAUAACAAUGAUCGAUCUUUACCCGAGAGACUCCUGGAAUUUUGUCUUUGGACAGGCCUCUUUGACAGAGGGUGUGGGCAUAUUCAGCUUUGCCAGGUACGGCACGGACUUCUAUAGCUCACACUACAAAGGCAAAGUGAAGAAGCUGGAGAGGAAGUCUUCGAGUGACUACUCGGUGUUCGACGACUAUUACCUUCCUGAGGUCUCCAGUGUUCUGCUGCUCCGCUCAUGCAAGACUCUGACCCACGAGAUCGGACACAUCUUUGGCCUCCGGCACUGCCAGUGGCUGGCCUGCCUGAUGCAAGGCUCCAACCACCUGGAGGAAGCCGACCGGCGCCCGCUGGACCUCUGCCCCAUCUGCUUACGCAAGCUGCAGAGUGCCGUCGGCUUCCGGCUCAGAGACCGGUACAAAGCGCUGGUCAGGUGGAUUGAUGCCGAGUCCACCGACACUCCUAGAGUUACUCCAAAACACAGUCGUGAGGAGCUGGUAACUUUGCCAAAACCUGUGGAAGCCUUUAAAGAGUGGAAGGAGUGGAUCACAAGAUGCCUGGCUCUUCUCCAGAAAUAAGGACCUUCAGUAGGAAUAAUUCAAAUAAACACGUGCACAUCAUGCUUUCGUUUGGCGGGAGUACUUCAUUGGAAUAAACUGAUUCUGUGUUGUGUCUGGGCAGUGGAGUGAAGGUUUUUUUUUUUAACAGCACCUGAACUUUGAACCGUGGCUCAUUUAGAAUAAAAACUCAAAACUCUC